CAAAGUACAUCCUUUGCUCGUUUCAUCUUUUGGAAUCUCUCCUAUCCUUGGAAAAUGGCCAAGCUUCCUGCAAUUGCCUGCCUUGUCUUUGGCCUGGUGCUCUUGGCAAAUGCAUCUCGCGAUAUUGAAGUGGGCAACAAGGGCGUUAUGAAUACGAUUGAGGAGCCUUCUAUGGAGCUUGUGACCACCAUCCACGAACCUCCUCAGCACGGCCUUGGCGGCAGCUAUUGCUGCAUCAAAAACUUUCAGGGCUGCGUUCAGGAGUGUGAUUCCAACGCCGAAUAUGAAUGCUGCGUCAAAAACGGAUAUGGGUGCCACCAGAUGUGCGAUAAGAGCAAGGACUACGUUUGCUGCCGGGAAAAUAAGUUCGGUUGCGGUCAGCGCUGUGAAUCGGGACACGAGUACUACUGCUGCAAGUAUAACAAAAUAGCCGGCUGCCUCAACAUGUGUCCAAAGGUGACCAACAAUCUCAUGCUGGAACAGGUUGUGUGAUUUCAUCCAGAAGCACAUCGAUCUGGAAUUGUCUAUGGUAUGUGAGUACUUUAUUCUAUCAUGGGAAUUGCUGUAAUUCUUACAUUUCCAACACUUAUAAGCUUUCGCAUUUUCUUAAGCCAAA